AAUUCGAUCUUCUUUCACUGCACACAAAGCGAGAGACAGAGAGAAAGAGAGAGAGAGAGCUAGAAAGUGGAAAGAAGCGAAGAAUACGCAGAUCCCAUCCAAUUUAGGGUUUGGGCUUCCCCUAAUUUGGAAAACUAGUCCUGGUCCCUGAUCUGUUUCCUGGAUCGGACGAGAGAAAAGAGGACGAAAAACAAAGUAACGAGAAUGGGCGCGAAUUCUAUACCGACGGACGCAACCAUUGAUCUUGAUGAGCAGAUCUCGCAGCUCAUGCAGUGCAAGCCCCUCUCCGAGCAACAGGUUAAAGCAUUAUGCGAGAAAGCCAAGGAGAUCUUAAUGGAUGAAAGCAACGUUCAGCCUGUGAAAAGCCCUGUGACAAUCUGCGGUGAUAUUCAUGGACAGUUCCAUGAUCUUGCAGAGCUUUUCCGUAUCGGGGGAAUGUGCCCUGAUACCAAUUACCUGUUUAUGGGAGAUUACGUUGACCGUGGUUAUUAUUCUGUUGAAACUGUUACGCUGUUAGUCGCCUUAAAGAUGCGGUAUCCUCAGCGAAUCACCAUUCUUAGAGGAAACCAUGAAAGUCGUCAGAUCACUCAGGUUUAUGGAUUUUAUGAUGAAUGUCUGCGAAAAUAUGGCAACGCAAAUGUUUGGAAAAUCUUCACAGACCUCUUCGACUAUUUCCCACUGACAGCCUUGGUUGAGUCAGAAAUAUUUUGCCUUCAUGGUGGAUUGUCUCCAUCUAUCGAGACCCUUGACAACAUAAGGAAUUUUGAUCGAGUUCAAGAAGUGCCUCAUGAAGGGCCGAUGUGUGACUUAUUAUGGUCUGACCCUGAUGACCGUUGUGGUUGGGGCAUCUCUCCACGUGGUGCGGGAUAUACAUUUGGUCAGGAUAUAUCCGAACAGUUCAACCACUCAAACAACUUAAAGCUGAUCGCCCGAGCCCAUCAGCUGGUUAUGGAUGGAUACAAUUGGGCUCAUGAGCAAAAGGUGGUAACUAUCUUCAGUGCACCAAACUAUUGUUAUCGUUGUGGGAACAUGGCUUCGAUUCUUGAGGUUGAUGACUGCAGGAACCACACCUUCAUUCAGUUUGAACCAGCACCGAGGAGAGGAGAACCAGAUGUUACUCGAAGAACACCAGACUAUUUCCUGUGAUCACUAAGACAAAAAAGUCAUCUCACCAGCUGCAGCCACAACUGAUAGUUCACAGUUGGUAAAUCUUGUGUUGAGGUUGCUGUGUUUUAAGUUCCAAUUUAGUCCCACCACCGGAAUAUAGUGUGUAUUAUAGGCGAAGAACCUCUCUUAUCUUCCUCUAUAACCCAGAAAAAAUUAAAAAAAAAAAGAGAGGUCAAUACCCAUUAUGCACAUUGUUUGGUUUAUGUUAUCAGCGUCUCUUUUUUCUUCCUUCAUCAGAAUGUGUUUCCAUGUGAGAGAUAUUUUUAGUUUUCUUUCUUGUAAUCCUCUCAGAAGUCACUAUUUUAGUUUACAAAUCCAGUGAAGCUUUUUGAUUGGAACUUUGAA